AUGGCGGCAUUGCAGGAUCUCGCUUUCCGCGAGUAUGGCGAAGGAUUCCCAAUUCUCGUCAUCCAUGGAUGGACCAUUUCCGGCGCAGUCGAAGCGCACGACCUCGAACCAAUUUUCAGCAAGCACACCAGUCAAUACCGAAGAAUAUACAUCGACCUUCCAGGCAUGGGCCAGACACCGCUCGGUCAAGCCAAAGAUCUCGAUUCCAUGCUGGCGAGCGUUGAGACAUUCAUUGAGAAUCACAUUCUACCCUCAGAAUUUCUCCUCGCCGGAUCUUCGUGCGGCGCGUAUUUCGCUCGUGCCUUGGCGUGUAAGUACGAAACGCACGUUGAUGGCUUGCUUCUUCGAGUUCCACUCGUAGAGCCUGUCAAUGAGAAGCGGGAUCUCGACCCGUUCGUUCCUGCUAUCGCGAAUGAAAAACUUCUUGCCUCGCUGCCGACUGCUGAACGGCAACAGCUUGGAGAUACAGCUGUUCAGACGCCUGAAUAUAUUGGACAGUUUCGAAAGAGACUUACGGAGAUUGUUCUUCCUGCUGUUGAGGCUUCUGAUGCUACGGCUUUGGACGUCAUUCGGCAUGAUCCGAACAAAUAUGGGUUGAAUGCACGAUUGCAUGACGACAAAGCAUCUUUUAAGAAGCCGACUUUGAUUGUCACAGGCAGACAAGAUGGUGUGACCGGGUACCGUGAUGCUUGGACCCUUCUCCAGUCUUACACCAGGGCGUCUUUCGCGCUCCUCGACCGCGCGGAUCAUGGACUGCCCGUUGAUGAAUACGAUAGGCAGGUCUUGCAGGCCUUGGUUCUGGACUGGCUGAGAAGAGUUGAAGAGCCGAGGAGAAUUGCGGCUUCUGCUGGGUGA